GGAAGUGACGUUGGAGUGUCAACAUGCAAGAUGGCGGCCCAUCACCGGCAGAACACAGCAGGGCGGAGGAAAGUGCAGGUUUCGUAUGUUAUUCGAGAUGAAGUAGAGAAGUACAACCGAAAUGGAGUCAAUGCCCUGCAGCUGGAUCCAGCACUAAAUAGACUUUUCACAGCCGGUCGAGACUCUAUCAUAAGAAUAUGGAGUGUCAAUCAGCACAAGCAAGAUCCAUAUAUAGCAUCUAUGGAACACCAUACGGAUUGGGUAAACGACAUUGUGCUCUGUUGUAAUGGGAAAACAUUGAUAUCUGCUUCUUCUGACACGACAGUAAAAGUAUGGAAUGCACAUAAGGGAUUUUGCAUGUCAACAUUAAGGACACAUAAGGAUUACGUAAAGGCCUUAGCAUAUGCCAAGGAUAAAGAACUAGUAGCAUCUGCUGGGUUGGACAGACAAAUAUUCCUUUGGGAUGUGAAUACUCUAACAGCACUGACUGCCUCAAAUAACACUGUCACAAGUUUGCAUCAAGACAGUGGUUCAUAUUUUGAGAGUGCUUCUACCUACAGCGUUCUAGUCCCCAAGAGUAUGAUUGAACAACAAGGAGCUAGUUCCUCACUGCAGUCUGAAAAUGCUUCUUCUUUAAGUGGAAACAAAGAUUCCAUUUAUAGCCUGGCCAUGAAUCAACUGGGAACAAUCAUUGUAUCAGGGUCCACUGAAAAGGUGUUAAGGGUAUGGGAUCCAAGAACAUGUGCAAAACUAAUGAAGCUUAAAGGGCACACGGAUAAUGUGAAGGCAUUGCUAUUAAACAGAGAUGGCACGCAAUGCCUUUCUGGCAGUUCUGAUGGGACAAUUCGCCUUUGGUCCCUUGGCCAGCAGAGAUGUAUAGCAACAUACCGAGUCCAUGAUGAAGGUGUUUGGGCGCUGCAAGUCAAUGAUGCCUUCACACAUGUGUAUUCUGGUGGAAGGGACAGGAAGAUUUAUUGUACAGACCUAAGAAACCCUGACAUUCGGGUACUAAUUUGUGAAGAAAAAGCACCAGUUCUUAAGAUGGAGCUUGAUAGAUCAGCUGAUCCUCCUCCUGCAAUUUGGGUUGCAACAACUAAGUCUACAGUAAAUAAAUGGACUUUGAAGGGAAUUCAUAAUUUUAGAGCCUCUGGAGAUUAUGACAAUGACUGUACAAAUCCUAUAACACCUCUUUGUACACAACCUGACCAGGUUAUUAAAGGGGGUGCUAGUAUUAUUCAGUGCCACAUUCUUAAUGAUAAGAGACAUAUAUUAACCAAAGAUACCAAUAAUAAUGUGGCAUAUUGGGACGUAUUGAAGGCAUGUAAAGUUGAAGAUCUGGGCAAAGUGGAUUUUGAAGAUGAAAUUAAGAAAAGAUUUAAAAUGGUAUAUGUACCAAAUUGGUUCUCAGUAGACUUAAAAACAGGGAUGUUAACUAUUACUUUGGAUGAAAGUGACUGUUUUGCUGCCUGGGUUUCUGCAAAAGAUGCCGGUUUUAGCAGCCCUGAUGGGUCAGAUCCAAAAUUGAAUUUAGGAGGACUUUUACUCCAAGCACUCCUGGAAUAUUGGCCUAGAACACAUGUGAAUCCAAUGGAUGAAGAGGAAAAUGAAGUAAACCAUGUAAAUGGGGAGCAGGAGAACCGCGUGCAGAAGGGAAAUGGAUAUUUUCAAGUGCCCCCACACACACCCGUGAUCUUUGGUGAAGCUGGAGGUCGCACACUGUUCAGGCUGCUCUGCCGAGAUUCUGGGGGUGAGACUGAGUCGAUGCUUCUUAAUGAGACGGUGCCACAAUGGGUAAUUGACAUCACUGUGGAUGAUAAAUUCUUAGAAGUGGAAUUGCUGGAUCCAAGGAAAAAUAUGCCCAAAUUCAACAAAAUUCCUUUCUACCUCCAACCUCAUGCAUCUUCAGGAGCAAAAACCUUAAAAAAAGACAGACUCUCUGCUAGUGACAUGCUCCAAGUCCGAAAAGUUAUGGAACAUGUUUAUGAAAAAAUUAUCAACUUGGAUAAUGAGUCUCAAACCACUAGCUCUUCUAAUAAUGAAAAACCAGGAGAACAGGAAAAAGAAGAGGAUAUUGCUGUGUUGGCAGAGGAGAAAAUUGAACUUUUGUGCCAGGACCAGGUUUUGGAUCCAAAUAUGGACCUUCGAACAGUGAAACACUUCAUAUGGAAGAGCGGUGGAGACCUAACCCUCCAUUACCGUCAGAAGUCCACGUGAAGGCUGGGCUUAUGCUCCUGGGUAUUCAUUUACGACCUUCCUCUAUGGCCCCAAGAGUAGUCCUAGGAAGCCCACUGAGCCCCAACGGGAGCAAGACUUCUAAUGGCCGAUUUGGUAUGGACCGAGAUUAUCUUUCAAUUGAAGUGACUAAUCGAGAUGUAAUAUAGAAACCAGUCUCCAUGUGUAGAUUAAGCUGUCCCCAGGGAAGCAGAAUGCAAGAGCAGAAGAACCCCAAGCAGACUAUGCCUUUCGAGAUGUACAGAAGACUGACAGCAGGCCAGUGCAGACUUUGCUUCCUCCUUGUUUCAAAGGACCUUAUCUGUCUGUUAGCACUUGUUAGAGACACCUCGAUCGGGCCACAACUGUCUUUGUUUCAACCUCAAACCCACACACUCUGUAGCUUUUCUAAAAGAGUACAUUCCAUUCAUGCAAUAGAUAUGAAGGCUUUUUCCAAGUUUGUCAUAUAAAAAAAAUCAAAUUGUUUUCACCAUUUAAGACAGUUAUUUUUAGUGGGAACUUGCUGUUGCACAAUUUGAGAACCAGCCCAUUUCAUAAUAAAAGAUUAAUGUUGGGCUUGUUUUUAAUAUUGCAUCUCAGAUGUGUUCUUGUAGGAAGAUCUGUUGAAAUUCCAGGUGCUGGAUCAUAGCACUUGGACUGCUGGGCCAGAGUUUGCGCAGCCCGUGCCUAGUGAUGCUGCACCCUCCCAUGACGUCCUGGCUUUGUGGCAACCCCAGGGAGGUGCAGCCGUUUCACUCCUUUCUCUACUGUGUCCAGUUCUAUUUACACAAAGCGAGCUGAGACCACGGGUUCUUGCUCUGGAUGAGCAGCAUGACACCACUAAAACUUAAGACCAUGGUGAAAUUUCAGUUUCAUUCAGAUGUUACCUAAAAUUUAUGGUGUCAGAGUAAAGGGAGAUCAUAGUGAGUUAAUUUGAUAUUCAUAUCCUGGAAGUAUACAUAUUUGUUUUUCCAAAGUUUUAUAUGCAGGUUUUUGUUGUACCUGUAUCUAGAUCUUCUUUUCACUGUUCUAACAAUCUAAUACUUUCAUAGAAUCAUUUGGAUCUUGUAUAGAAUGUAACUUAUUGGGGAUAAACACUUCAACUUUUGGCAGAAAAUACUUUGGAUUCUCCCCAAGGUCAUUUGUAUUCAGAGUAAAUCAAUGGUCCACCCCCAUGAAACUGUAAGACAAGCCUCCUGUAUGAAGCCAGAAGCACAAGUGCCUUCAGAGGGCAGUUGAUUCCAGUCCAGUUGCCUCCCUAGCUUGUGUGUGGCCUGCCUCCAGCAUAGCAGGGACUAGGGAGGCAGGGAAGGUUUUUUCUUUUCCACGUCUUCACAGGUUCGGCUGGGGGCAGCUGAUGGGCCUAAGUCCAUACCUUACUAUUUAAGAUAUUCUGAUCGCACAACUGCAGAGACAGGGUUCCCUCACUGCUAGUCAGCUUCCUUUGGAAACUGGACAGGCCAUUGCCACCUGCACUUUGAAGAAGUGAGCAAAGACGUGGCCACAUUUCCAAUAAGCUGAAAUGGUCUCUCUCCCUUCCUCAGAGAGCAACCAGCUUUUUUUUUUAAAAGUCCUUUCUAUCUGUUGGAUACAACAGUGCGCUUUUGGUGCACAUUUUUUAGCAAUAGUUGUGAAUUAACGGCAAAAACAAAACAAAACAAAAAACCAAACUUAUUUACCAGCCCUCAGUUGUAUUUGCACGAGGGGCCUUUGAGCAAAGAAAUGGGUUUUGCUGGGUCAUUGUGCCCUGUGUGCUAAGCCUUGGGUGGCUGCAUUCCCCUCCUGUCAUAGAUCUGAACCCCAGCAUGAUUGUAUUUCUUUCCCCUCCAGUCAAACCGUAAUACAGUUUCCAGAAAAUUUGACAGUCCUGCAAUGCCAAAAGGGUAAAAAUCUGUAUUUCACAGUUGUAUAGAAUAAAGGCUUUAGUUAAAAUAUU